AUGGACUGCCAAAUGGAAAAAGAGGAGCUGCCAAUAUCAGCUAAUCCUCCUAAUAGUAAAGACACCGCAACUCUCAAGCGUACAGAAGAUGAGAUCUCAUCAACCAUAACCGUGGCACCUCCACCCGCCUUGAAAAAGCGUGCAAAAUCUUCUCGAUCCCGCCAUUCCAAAAAGGCCAAGAAGAGAACAGCACGACCCUUAGAUUAUCUCCAUGACUCAUCUGCCGAUGAUGAGGAUUCUGAUCCCGAUUAUGUGGAGAAGGAACACAACAAAGUGUAUAGGAGUCAAGUGAGUAGCGCCGAAACGGAUGGUACGAGAAGGCCCAUCAGAAGUAAUUGGCGCUCUCCAAUUGGACCGGAUGAUAAGAUCGUUAAGACUUUGAUGGGGAUGGGUGGAGAUGAUGAGACGGACGAGGGAAUGAAAAGAGAUGACGAAGAGGCUGAGGAUGAAGAAAAAGUUCCUGAGAAGCCAGAGACUCAAAAGAGUCUCACUGCCAGGAGAGAGAAUCUGAAGCGAGAGGCAGCCAUUGAGCAAAUCAAGAUCUGGGGCGACGACCGUCCAAUCUAUAAAACGAUACUCGUCGAAGAAAAGGGCCAGAAGCGGUACGAGCACAGUCUUCAAUCCUACUGUCAAGGCAAAACCGACGAUACACUUCGCAACGAGAUGAGCAGACAUGUCCACGACACCAUCAACAAAUCUCGCUUACGGACUAAAGCCGAACUCGACACGAUGGGAUGGACCUAUAUUGAACCCGGAAUCCCACACUAUCUCGUCACCAAUCACGGAGUGAGAAUCUUUCUCUUCCUCGCUAUAUCCGCGGAGAUGAUAUUCGGAUUGAAAGACGGCAUUUUGGAAGGUGAGGAAGGAUUGAAGGCUAUACAGAAGAUAUAUGCAGCGCCUGAUCUCGAAGCCAGACUUAAGAAGAUGGCGCAUUCUAAUCAAGCGGCUUUUAAGGGAGAGGCAUGGGAUUUCGGACCUACGCAUCAGAUGGGAUCGCGCUUUAAUGCUCGUGGACCGAUUCUGAAGCAUGGAGAUCCGGAAUUUUGUCGUGCGAGUCGGAUUAUGACGAAACAUGCGUGUACGUUGCUUGAGACAUUUGUCUCGGAAGAUGAUCAAAUGGUUGAGGCUGCCAAGCGUUAUUUUGUUGAUAAUGCGUCGAUUUCUAUGUCUGAUGAGAAUAACUUCACGUUAUGUGGACAUCAAGUCAAUAUCUCGCCUAUUUCGAUGGUGCCGAAUGGUGGAAGAAUGUUGCCGGGUAGUAUCAAGUCGAAUGGAGAGCUUCAUAUUGAUGGGAAUGAUGUACGACACAGCUUGACGGUUGUGAUCAAUCUAUCUACGGAUCCAGCUGAUCAUUUUUGUGGACGUUUCAACCUCCCAGCUCAGCGAAUUACAGUCACGACUGACCCUUUCUCGGCCGUUAUCUUUCGAGGUACGCUACCACAUUUCACGACUGGCGGAGGACCAUAUUCUCCUGAAGCACCUUUGGGCUCGCCGUUGAGAAUGCCAAUCCCGGAGCAUCUCAAAGAUCAUUGGACUCCCGGAUUGGCAAGCAAACGCAUUGCAAGUGUCCAUUUUGCAAAUCGAAAUCUUGGUAACCCUUACCCAUUGCCGCGCUUUACCAAAGACCUCGUUUGCGAUGGAGCCAUCUCCCUCUAUCAAACUCAACGACAUCUGAACGAAACUCGCUUAAGACUGGCAAUGAAAAACGCGUUCAUGCUGGAGCAUCCAGAUGAACCCAAACAUCCACCGCCCAAUACGGAUCCCGAAUAUUGGUACGGACAGUUUUCAUGGAUCAACGAAAAUGGUGAACAGGAAUCUGUCAGUCGCUGGAUUGUAGACGAGAAACUGAAAUACAGGGGACGAGAAGACCCGGUGCUGAAAAAGCUGCACAAGGAUCUCCAGAGCGUCUCGUGCCAGGUGCGUUAUCCUAAGCCGCUUGUACUAGACGAGAAUGGAAACAUACCACCAGUACAGUAUCGAGCGAACGGAAGGAGAAAAGAACCGCCGCCGAUAUACAUGAAGCAACCAGCUGAGGUUCGCUGGAACAAUGUCAACGGCGAGAUGCCUCCGUUCCAACCGACGGUCGACAAGGUGCCUGGCAAUCCAGCGUGGGCCCCGGAAGUGGUUCCUGGGCCAUCUGAUAUACGUCGUGGAGGCUUGCGUAGAUACUUCAGACCAAUUGUCUAA